UUUCUUUUCUCACUCUUUUUUUUUUUCUCACUUUUUCAAUAUGUUCAGAUCUAGACCAUUAUUAUCUUCAUUAUAUCAACAAGGACGUUCAUUCUCUUCUACUGCAUCCUACAAUAGUAACACAUCUAUUGGACUUAUUGGACUUGGUCAGAUGGUAACAAAAUAAAAUAAAAUAGUAACUAUUCUUAUUCAAACAUGAAUUACAAUUAUUAUUAUUUGUUUUGGUUAGGGUCAAGGUAUGGCGAAAAACCUUGCUGAGAAAAGUACAGGCAAAGUAGUCGUGUAUGAUAUGAAUGUGGCGGCAGUACAAUCGAUUGUGAACAAAUAUCCUCAUGUGGAAGCAGCCAGGACGGCAGAAGAAGUGGCAGAAAAAGCAAGUACAGUUAUGACAAUGCUUCCAGCAUCAAUGCAUGUUGAACAAGUUUACAAGGGACUCGAAACUGUAGUAGGCAAGGAUCAUAUGUUGAUUGAUUCAAGUACAAUCGAGGCACAAGUAGCUCAAGACGUGGCAGAACGUAUGAUGGCAAAACAAGCUUUAGCUUUUGAUGCACCUGUUAGUGGUGGAACUGUGGGUGCAGAUAAAGGUACAUUAACAUUCAUGGUUGGUGCUCCUUCUCAAGAAGCUUUUGAAAAGACGCGUCCUAUCCUUUCUCUUAUGGGUAAGAAUGUGGUGUAUUGUGGCAAGAAUGGUACAGGUCAAGUUGCAAAAUUAUGUAAUAAUAUGUUAUUGGGAAUCUCUAUGGUGGGUGUCGCCGAAACCAUGCUUCUUGGUGCCAAGUUGGGUAUGGAUCCUCUUUUAUUAGCUUCUAUUAUCAACAAUUCUACAGGUCGUUGCUGGAGCUCCGAUUCUAAUAAUCCUUACCCAGGUGCCGUUCCAGGUACUCCUUCAGGUCGUGGUUAUCAAGGUGGAUUCAGUAACAAAUUGAUGGCAAAAGAUCUUGGUUUGGCAAUGAAGGCUGCUGAAAGUGCUCAGGCUCAUCCAACUUUGGGAACUAUGGCGGCUCAAAUCUAUGCUCAAUUAUCUAACACAAAGGAUUUCGAAACUUUGGAUUUUUCAAGUGUAUACAAGUGGUUGGCCGAACAAGAAAAUAACAAUAAUGAUGAUUCUUACAACAAGUCUGCAGCUGGCAAAUGAUAGUGAUGAUAGUUAUUCUUCUUGAAUAAAAAAAAAAACCAAAAUAUUUAUCAUACCUGAA